AUGGCUACUAAAAUACCUGUUGAUAAGUUCGAUGACGACCUACUGACAUGUCCUGUUUGUUUGGAACGUUACAAGAAUCCAAAAAUUCUACCUUGUUAUCAUUCCUUCUGUGAGGAGUGUUUAGUGAAGCUGAAUGGGCCGCCUGGCAAGGUGAUAUGCCCCAUCUGCAGACAAGUACAUAUCGUGAGUAACAUUCACACACUCCCGCUAAGUAUAAUGAUAGAUUCUGUCAUAGACAUUAUUAAAACUCAUGAGAGUCAGCGAGGUGAUGGAUCCUGCCAAGGUUGCGAGGAAAACUCUUCAACAGACAUUUGUAUAGAUUGCGCUGUGGAUUUGUGCGAAACGUGCUCUAAAGCUCACAGUAAAAUGCCAGUUAGUCUACGUCAUCGUAUUCGGCCUAUUGUUGAUUUCCAAGCGGUCGAAUUGCGAGAAUCAUCGAUGGUCGCUAUUUACUGCAGUUCUCAUUCAGAUAAACUUGUCGAACUUUAUUGUGAACAAUGUCGAAUACCUACAUGUCUUUUAUGUUUGGAGUCGUGUCACAAAGGUCAUGAAGUGGUUGCCCUACAGGGGGUAGCUGAUAACUUAUGUAUGGAAGCCAACGAUCGCAUAAAGCAAUUGGAUCAGAAAAAACGUGAAGCGGAAGUGAAUAAAAUAAAAGGGAAAAAACAAUUGGAAGAAUUGGCAAAAACACAUUUACAUCGUGAACAGCAAAUAAAGAAACAUUCACAGGAAACUAUUGAGAAACUAAUCAAAAUAGUAACCCUAGAAGAAAACAGUCAUUUGAAUAAACUAAAAACGAAUUAUGAUAAACUCAAUAAAGAGAUCUACAAUGAAGUGCGCCGCUUUGAGACAGUUGAGAAACAACUGAAGAGCACAAUUACAAUCAUAAGCAAUUUAUUGCAAUAUAGCAGUGCUGCACAACUGAUGAAAACGAGCGAAGAAAUAUAUAGACAACUGAAUCAACUGGAAAGUAUCACGAUUGAUCCUCUUGAUGAAAUGCGUGACGCACUUCCCCUGUUUCGUCCUGGGAACAUUGUUCUACAGGGAUCCCUGGGUACGUUUCGUACAUUAGAAUCACCAGAUGCCGUAUAUGCAGAGAUGGAAUUGGAGAAAAAGAUUGGGGGCGAGGGCACAGCACCAGGAAUGUAUGACGUACCACUUGGAGUAAGUGUUGACACACGUGGUCACAUUGUGGUGGCUGAUAAUAAUAAUCAGAGGAUUCAGACAAUGGAUAUAUGUGGCAGACCCAAAUCACAGCUACCAUUUAAAGGAUACAGUAAACCAGUCAGACCCAUAGAUGUAGCAGUAUAUGAUAAUACUUACUUUGUUACAGAUGGGACACGGGGGUUAAAUGUAGGGAAUAAUCAAGUGAUUGUAUGUAAUAUUUCUGGCAAGGUAAUAACGUGUUUCGGUGGGGAACAAUUACAUAAUCCAUAUGGAAUUGCCAUCAACCAUAAAACUGGUAUUAUUUAUGUAGUAGAUCAGGGGGCAUAUUGUAUUCGAUUGUAUGAAAUAGAAAGUUUCAAAUAUAUUAAGUCAGUAGGAUGUAGGGGUAAUGGGAAUUGCCAAUUUGAAUAUCCACAGUUUAUAGCUAUUAAUAAUAAGGGAUGUCUGAUAGUUUCAGAUGCAGUUACCAAUCGUAUUCAAGUUCUCACCUCCGAUGGUGGAUUUAAGUUUGCAUUCUGUGGCUCUCCGAAUGGCAAGUUUCACCUACCAUAUGGAGUUACCACUGAUGGGAAAGAUAAUAUUUAUGUGUGCGAUGGUCGCAAUGAUAGAGUGCAAAUGUUUAACAGUGAAGGAAAGUUUAUAACCAAUAUUGCUAAUGGCAGAGAUGUACUGUCCUUUCCAAUAGGCAUAGCAAUUACUGGUGAUGGAAAGGUUGUAGUAACUGACAGCACAUACUUUGUUAAAAUAUUUUCAUAA